ACAUAUUAUUUGCAAACACCAGCAGUUUCCGGCUGUAUUUAUUUUUGAAAUUUCGACGCCAAAGUGAAACAAGGGCAGUUUUAGACUUGCGAAUUUUCACUCAAAUUUUUACAAGCAGAGUUCGGAAAGCGUUAGAUCGUGAAUCCACUCGGAAGGUUUGGCGUUGAUAGUUUUCUGUAAACUUUCAUCAGCUUCGUUGAUGUUGUUGUUGGACCCUCGGCCUCGCGGCACCGCCGGCAGCCAUGUCCACGCUGUUCCCCUCCCUGCUGCCCCGCAUCACCGAGUCUCUGUGGUUUAACCUGGACCGGCCGUGCGUGGACGAAGCAGAGCUGCAGCAGCAGGAGCAGCAGCAUCAAACAUGGUUGCAGAGCAUCGCCGAAAAAGACAACAACCUGAUGCCUAUUGGAAAGCCCAUUUUCGAGGCAGGGUACGAGGAAGAGGAAGAGGAGGACGAUGAGGAUGAGGAGGACAGCGAGGAAGACUCAGAAGAUGAAGAGGACAUGCAGGACAUGGACGAGAUGAAUGAUUACAAUGAGUCUCCAGAUGAUGGGGAGAUUAAUGAGGUGGAUAUGGAAGGACCAGAGCAAGACCAAGACCAGUGGAUGAUAUAGAGAAUGAAAUCAUUUUCAGUCUCAUUCAAGUAAUCUGUCUUUAGGUUUGUGUCCCUUUUAUAGAACAUUGGGGGUCUGAUUUCUAACAGAAUAAAAGUAUUGUCUUAAUUGUCUCAUUUUGAGCUGCAGACCAACGGAAGCUCUUGACAUCUGGACCCGCUAGCGUCCCCUCAAAGACCCACAAACCCUCUGGUGUGCUUUUGUAACUGUCAUAUCUAAGUGACAGCUGCACACUGUGGUUCAGUGAUCUUUUAUUUAAACCUUGACCCGGUCGUAUCUUCAGUCAUGUGCCUUCACUGCUGAGCAACCAGAAACACUGGUGUGGUUAGCACAAUAAUGCAUUACUCAUGAAGAAAACAAAAAGACAUUUAAAGGUGUUUUAGCUGUUUUAUUGCAGUGUUGUGUACCUUUACGGCACUCUUUCAGUAGUGACUUCAUAAAGUUAUACGAUUCUCCUUUCAGGCUUUUAAACUGAAUUGUUUAGUUUAGUUACAAUAAAGCUUGUUAAAGGAUACACCAGAACACACAAAGUCCAUGUGAAAUUCCUCCUGCAUAUGUUACAGUGACUUUUAUUUAUAAUAAACAUUGUUUUAACAUUU